AUGUCUAACUACGAAAAUGAGGCACCGACCGGAGAAUUCUCCGACAACUCUUACGUCUCUCGCUCGGGACACAAGCACGAGCCCCUUGGCGUUGUUUCCGACCAAGAGAGAAUCGAGGAUCCUAUCGAUGGUAACACCGCAGACUCUGAUCGCCAAUUAGAGAGUGAUGACAAGGAGGCGAUUGAUAAGUCAAACAUCAUCAACGACCGAACUCGACAUGCUAAGCCUCAAGGCGGUUACCGGGAGCCUGGCGACGAGGAGGGUUUGCCAAGCGACACUGGCAAGAGCUCUACAAGUGUCUAA